AUGGAAGAAAAGCUUAUUAUCGAUACAACAAAUUGCUACAAAACUGAAGCUGAACAUGAUCACAAAGAUCGUGGUAUUGAUGGAACUGUUAAAAAGGUUAUAGAAGAAUUGUAUAAUGAUGAUGUUAUAAAGCCCAAACAAAUUAUUCGAGUACUUGAAGCAAGAGUAAUAAAGACACCAACGUACAUACAAUUGAAUAAUUAUCUUAUUCAUUAUAAAAAAAAGAAAUAUGGUUCAUAUAAAAUAAGUUUAGGUGAAUUAGAACAAUGCUGUGAAGACAAUGGAAAUAUUUCAAUUGAUGAAAAUAAAGCUUUUGUUGUAUCAUACAAAAUAAUUUAUGAUAAAGAAGAAUAUGAUGAUGAUGAAGAUAUAGAGGAGGAUGGUGGCAAUAAAUUUCGUGUAUUUAUAUCAUCAGUACGUUUGCUCAAUAUUGCAUCAAUAUCAUCGCGUAUAAAUGCUGUUGCAACAUAUAAAUUAGUCUGGCAAGGUUUUCCUGUAUUAAUUGUUGAUCUUCAUUUAUCAAUGCCUGUUUCACGUAACUAUUGGUUUCGUAUUUGGGGACCACAUAGACAUCCAUUUGUAUUGAAAGAAGCUGGUCUUUAUUCACGUCGUAUUGAUCAACGUUUACGUACACAUUUGGUAAUGGAACAACAUGGACCAGGAAAAAGUCAUGCACCAUCACAAUAUGAUAUACUAAGAGAACCAAGAUAUAAAACACGUUGGAUAAAAACGUGGGAUACAAAUAGUCCUAUUGAUACAAAACGCAUUUUUAAUGAAGUAAGACAAAAAUAUAAAUUUGAAAAUCCAUAUGAUGAAAUUUCAAAAUAA